AUGCCAAAGGUGAUUACCUGUGUACUGUUCCGACCAACUUCUUCUGGUACGUUAGUAACGCUCAGUGACUUCACACUGGAUGAAGAGGAGUCCAAAACAGUGGCGUUACCUUCAGUCUCGGACAUCAGACAAAUGAUUACAGAGCGGGGUCGACUGCAUUUUGACAACAAGGAUUCCAUCAAACUUGAUCAACAUAUAUGCCAUUUUUCUGUUAUUACCGGUGCUCCAUGUCCGCUAAUAUAUGCUUGCGUUUGUGAACCAAGCUUCUCGCCUGAGCAGGCGUCUAUAUUUCUUGAUGCUUUACAGGGUCCGGUGGUUAAUGAUGCGUCAUUACUACCGCGGUUGUCUUCAGCUGGUGAUUACCAACUUCAGCAGGAUAUUGGUCCCAAAUUUGCCUACUUAAUGGUUAGUUUAACAAAGCUUUUUUUUCCUUUUAUCGAAUCUCUUUACUAG